AUGCAACUUUCGCGCCGCCUGCCUGAAAGGCGGGGUGGCAGUAACAUUCAUCUCUUGGAGUCUCAGGAGAUUGUGGGCUCGAUGCUCACAGAUCUUCAGAACCCCCUCUCUCCGCGGACAGUCGCCGUGGAGCUGUCAAAUGAAAUAAAGACGCUGCCUUCUAGUGUGGAGAUGAAGGAAAUAAACUGUGGGUUAUUUGUACACGACGUGGUGGGUAUGCGUCCCAAGGGCAAUGCACUGAGCCGUCGCACGACACCGCCACACAGCUACUGCAGUUUGGACCACCAGUUACCGACGGAGCUUGUAUCCGUCAUCAUGAGUUUUUUAGAUACCAGAAGUCUGUUCCAAUACAGGGCUGUGUGUCGCUCGUUCAACAAUGCGUUCUUAUCCCACGGUAUUCAGAGCCUCGCCCCGUCUCUCACUUCUGCGGCGAUGGACCCUACUGUGGGAACAGACACAUUGACCGGGGUCAUGCGCAUCCGCGAGGCAAUACUCGAACGGAGAGAACGGGUCUGGUCGCAUUGGUUGGCGAGUUACAUCGCAACCAGACUAAGUCCGAAUGUGGAAGAAAAAACUCUUCAAAAAAUGCAGCUAGAGGGCAAGGCUCUGGGGGCGCAACUGCGCUACGAGCGGAGGUCCUGUCGCCGUGCCAGAGAAGAGUGGCUGGGGCACCAAGCUGAUUACUACCGCGCGCGAGAUAAUAUCCGCCGUAACUGGUUUAACGUCACCUCUUUGGGUUUUAUUGCGGGCUCAGGAGUUGCCCCGGUCAUUCUGCCCGAUGGAACGCUAUGCAUUAACGAUCCAGCCGAUACCAUUCUUCUGUUUGUUCGGCGGGAUCGUGGCAUGCUUUCAUGUGUCACGCGGCGUGCCAAAGGGAAGGUACCCUCACGGGCAGCUGAGGCGCUUCGAGACUUGUGGUGUCUUUUUGAUGAGAUGACUUUUUCAUCGCGACUGAGCCUGAUGUGCUAUGAUCCCUACAUGGACGCGCUUCGGGUGGGACUUGAAAACAGCAAAAUAUUGUUUGUAAAGGUACGUAGCGCUGUUGUGGCAGGCCUCAAAAGACGCCUGGAGUCGGAGGUGGAGCGGGAGGAGUCACCCCCAUCGCCUAAAAAACGAGUGCCUCGUCUCCGCACACGAAAUAGCCGCGAAGGAGUUGAGGUGGUGGCUCUUUACUCCACGGCAGGGGAGGCUCUGGCAACAUUUGCUCCGGUACACGGAGAUGCCGUGGGACUCCCCGACUACGAGUGGAGCGUGGCGGAGAUGAUGGCCGCUACAAAAAAACACGGUUUUAAUUUGGAUUUCAGUCGUGUCAUUCUCAUCCGGCACGACCAGGACGUCACUGCCUCGUUCAUCUCCACCAGUGCAACUCCCGAUGUGUGCUUCACCGAAAAGGACGUACUGGAAAUCGUUGCGCUGCGGCGUACGCUGGCAAAAGGAGGCCCCAGUGCGGACAGCAAUGAGCGGGGCAAUGCGGCCGGGGUCGACGGUUCCCAUUCCGUUUCUUCAGCCCCCGCAGAGGUCAUUGUCGGGUGUGGAGUGACGGGCUCCGCGGGGCUUCCCUCUUCCGACGAACCAUUUGGAAACAACGACGGUGGAACAACCACGCCGCCCAUCAACCCGACGGAAGACGGAAGGUCGGCAGUGGAGGUCAACGCAGCCGACACAGUUGACAUGAAACAGGUGGUUAAGAAGUAUGUGUUUGCGGUUUUUAAUGAGCAGGCAACCCUGUCAGCUGUGGUGGCAUAUACGCGCGAGGUAGCCAUGUUCACUUUUGGCGCACACACCAGCACGUGUCUUGGAGUAGGCUACACUGGUGAGGCUAAAAGGGUGUACAUGAUUCAAGCGCCUGUGUUUCGGCGUUGUGAAACCACCACAAGAGAAGCCAUAGAAGAAGGUGAGGCGACAGUUGCGUGUGUGACAGCACACAGCAUACUUAUUUGCCAGCAGUUGAUCUUUCGCGCCGUUGAGGAGGUGGAGAAAUGUGUCUACAGUGACCCUGACGAUGAAAAGAGUGGAGGAGACGAGAAGCAUAAAAGGAAGAAUCGAAAGGGUAGUGCCGCCCCGCUGCGUCACUGUACGUGGUAUUUCCUAAGGGGUUAUUGCUAUAGCUCUCCUUCGAGGGAGAUGACAGUACUGAGGGAGGUUUCCUCCCCCAGUCUGAUGGCCUUUUUGAAUCCAAGGCCUUGGCUUCAGCAACACGUGAUGGCGUUUGCGGACUGGUGCCGUGAGAAAAAAAACAUGAGACAACAACAGCAGCAACAAAACAAUCCACCACCGCACCUCAAAUACUGGUGGUGCUCCCUACGAGAUGGUCAUCCGUACUUCCGUGUGCCCUUUAUUUUAUAUAUAACGAGGUACAUGCCGUUUAUUUUGUUUCAGCGCCAGUAUAUCGCUUUGGAUAGACAGCGAAUUCCCUCGGAGGAGCAAAAUCGAUUUCAGGAGGUUCGUAUCUUAGAAGAUGUGUCGCAGUUGAACUUAUUUGUGUCAUCUAUGGCCCUCUCACCGUCGCAUGCCUUUUUUCUUCUUGGAAUGGUCAGUGGUGCAAUCCUCCUUCUCUCCCCAUCGUGUGCCGAUGCUCGUGACGACCCGCCUAAAGUGAGUUUUGUAGAACCCGAAAGGCCCUUCUCGCGAUUAGAGGAAGCAUCCACUCGUACUACAUUUGCCCGGAUUAGGAGGAGACGUGGAAUAAUGGGCAUGCAAAGAAUUACACCGCCGCACAAUGAGGAAAACAGCGAGGAGCAAGAACAGGAGGAAGAAGAAGACGAGCAUGUUGCGUUGACGACACCGCAUCCGCCAUCGGAGCCCUUAAGUCAUUUAUACCGGACAACACCAAUUCGAACAGAGGAGGAAAUCCUGCGGCAGAGCAGACGACGUCAGCCGUAUCUCCACUCGCUUACAGCUACACAAGUAUUUGGUAAUGGCUUCCGCGAAGACACAUUUAUUCAAAAACUGCAGCGGGACACGUCGUCUGUCUUUAGGUCCAUGCAAGACAGGUUGUCGUCAGCAAAUAGCUUGCCACUUCACGCAGUUUGGAUCAUCGCACCACGUGGAAACAGUCAAAUCUCUAACGGAGCGGGUGUCCGGAGCAUGCACUUAGAUGAGUGGAAGCUCACGACACUCAGUAUGUCUUUUGAGGUUGCCUUGUACGAUCUUACACCAGAAUCGAGAAGUUGGCAGGAUGGAGCUUUGGUUGUGCCGCUGUUGACAAUUAGCCCCUACAAGCGUCACCCACUGCGGGAUUUUCCCGCGCCGAACGAGGAACCGUGGUUUUGUGCAAAAAUGCGUCGCAUGUUGCAGUUUGCGACGAAGCGUCGAUUUCUUGAACCGGAAAUAACGUGGCGUAAUGGCCUGUUGGUCGUCUCCAGUAUUUUAGGGGGGAGGCGAUAUACAAUUUUUGACUUUGGUGUCGCCUUUCGCGAUCCCGACAAGAGGAUUAAAAAGGGGGAGGAAUCCGCAGUCGCGUACUCGGCAACACAAAAGGAAUACCGUCAAUGUACUUCGGGUCUGAUGCUGUCACUUCCAAUGGGCGGGGAGAAUGUGGUGGCCCUCCCGCGUCACUUUCCACUUCUACUGCGAUGGGAAUUUUUGUCACUUAUGGUUCUUGUGGUGCGAUGUUUGGGUAUUUUUUUUGCUGCUGUUUCCAUUACACUGAUGAUGCUGCGGAUCGAUGAGUACAUUAGCAUACCGCACUGGAGUGUGCUGCUUCUCUAUUCUCCCUUUGCAUUGAAUGUUGUGGUGAGCGACAUCCUUUUGUACGACCCGUAUUAUGUUAAGGGCUGCGGUGUGCCUUUCUACAUACGUAUCCUCUCAAAUUUACUGAUGUUUGUAGUGUUCCCUAUUCUUUUUACAGUCAGGCGCGAUGCAUACGACAGAUUUCACCCUUCUUGGGUUCUGCUGACUAUUCCGCUUGAUGUCUCCAUUGCCCUUGCGUCUGUGCCCUCCCUGUACAUCGCUGCCCGUCAAUCAGAAAGUUUUUGGGGUUGCGUCUCGAUGAGACGACUAGGAGACUUCUUUGGGCAGUUUCUUUGCAUCAUUUUCAUUGUGCUCCUGUCGAUGUAUUUUGAUGGACCGUCGGUGGAGAAUCCGUCAAAACCAAAAUUUGAUCUUCUUCUUGCCUUUUUGCCUUUUUUCUUACUUCUUUUUUUUGCUUUUCUCAGGGCUAUUAUUGAGUAUUACAAAACCCGUAAAAGGGCCUAUGCUUUUUUUCUCAUUUAUGUUCUUCUGGUUAUUAGUGUUCCCGUAGGUAUGUUUAUAUGGCAAUUUAGUCAUUACUACCUGGCAGUUUCCAAACGCAGCAGCGUGGUACAUGUAUCGUUGAUUCAGACAUGCUUUGCAAUUCCCGUUUUUAUUCUGUUUUUCUUUUUUUGCGUCACACUCUCUUCAUUCACGUUACUUGUUUCUUGCUGA